ACAACUGCAAUGGCUGCCUUAUCAGAGUCUGAAAUGGGAAAUAUAACGAUACUUCAGAGAGAAGAGGGCCUCUUUCGCCUAAGCCGCCACUUCUCAUGGACGGAGUUCUCGGACGAGACUCGGGUGCUCGCCCAUCAGCAAUUUGUUUAUGAAACCACCAUGUUCGCUGCCGCGAGAGGUCUCUGCUGGUCUCAGGUGACAUCAGUGGCCAGAAUGUCCAAAGACCUGUUCCCUGAGCUCAAAGAUUUGGACUCAUCUAGAAUAGUGUCCCUGAUCAGGGGUAAGUUGUUGGAAUAUUUGCCCCGUCUCAACGCCGUCCAUCACACAACACUUUUCCACUUCCUCUCUGAAACCUGCAUCACUAGGCAACGGCUAAUUCAGGCUGUGGUGGGCGGAGCUGGGAACCUGUCAGUCGUUCAGAAACAGCUGGAGGUCCAGGUACCCCCCCUACCCCUACCCCUAAAUCAGGGCACUGAUGUGGAUUAUUGGGAGCGCAAGCGUGCACAUUCACAUCUGGCAGCCAUCGAGAAACUGAAGGAAGAGGAGCUGGAGCAUCUCAGAAAGGGGUCAGAGGUCAUUCUGGAAGAGCUGGACAUCCCUCAGGAGGGAAGACUGGACAAAGAUGCUGUGAUGGAGCUGGUGCGAGGUGCUGUGAGGGCCAGGGGAGAGCUGCUGCUGGGGAGACUGUUGAGAGAAAGCAACCUGGUCUACGACCUGCUGGAGCUCAAACUGCAACACACCACUCUGGCCACCAGGGGGAUCCCACACACAGGUCAUGCUGCCGGUAGUGCUGGCCUCACAGGCCCUGCACAGACAGCCAAGGCCAGGAAGAAGUGAGAUCUGGCUGGGAGUGGAACAGGACCUGUUCUGUUGGAGGAAGCCUGGGUCACAUACUAGAGACAACAUACUAACUAAAACAUAACACACUGUUCAAUGAUAGUGUUCAUUUUAAUAUCAUUUUAAACC